AUGUUCAAAAUACCUGAGUGGGAAGAAGAUAUUCCAAAAGAUAAGCUUAAUUUUAGUAAAAAAUCACCGAAAAACAAAGGGAAAAAUAAAAACAAAAAUAUAAAACUACCAAAAGUCAAUAAACAAAAUGGUUUAAAAGUAGACUUGAAACCUAAGAAUAAGUUAAAACUAAAAUCUAAGUUAGUAUUGCCUACAACUGAUUAUGAGACUAAAAAUAUUAUAAACUGUGCAGAAAUCCCAAGACAAAAGAAGCAUAAAAAGAAGGCACAUAAUAAUGUAGAAAAUAAUGUGUUGAAAAAAUUAGAGACUAAUAUAGUUUUAAAGAAUUAUGACUCAGAUAAAUUAGAUGAGCUGAUUCUUGAUGAAAAGAAGAAAAAACUUAACCCACACAAAAAUGAUAACAUUGAAGAAAUGUUAUUUCAGGAAAACACUGAUAAAAUUAAAAUUAAGAAGAAUAUUGUCCUAAAUGGAAAAAUUAAUAAAGCUGAGAAGUCCAAAAAAAUGAAAAAUAGUCUUCAAUCAAAUUUAAAAAAAUUAAUUGAAAAUACCAAAGCCUCAGAAGUGGCAGGACAAAAUAUUGAAAUAAAUAUAAAUGCACCUAAAAACAUAAAAGAAGUGCUAAUUAAUGAAAAUACAGAAAAAGUUGGAUAUAAAAAUAAUGAGAAUAAGAAUGCUCUUGAAGAAAACACUAAUAAAUCUAAGAAAUCAAAGAAGAAGAAAAACAAACUAAAAUCAGAUAUAGAUGAAUCUAAAGCCUUAGGCACAUCUGAACAAAACAAUGACAUAAAUAUAAAAGCUAAAAUGAAUGAAGAAGAAAAUAACAAAAAUAAAGAAAAUAAAGAAGAAAAGAAGAAUAAUGUCCUAAAUGGAAAAAUUAAUAAAUCUAAGGAAUCAAAGAAAAAGAAAAGUAAGCUUAAAUCAAAUGUUGAAGGUUUUAUUAAAGAAACAAAACCCUUAAACAAUUCUGGACAAAUGAUUGAUAUUAAUGUAAAGUCCACUAGAUUAAAAGAAACCAUGCCAACCUUAAAAGGAUCUAAACCUACAGUCAAUUCUGAACGAAACAUUGAUGCAAGUGCAACACAUAAAUCAAAAAAGGAGCGAAAGAAAGAGGCUAUUAAAUCAUUAUUACAACAACAACAACAAGAAAGUCAUAGAAAUUCUAUUAAUAUCAGUGGCAGUAGUACAUUAAGAGAGAGAAUGAUGGAGAGAUUGAAAGCUGCCAAAUUCAGGUAUUUAAAUGAGAAGUUAUAUACAUCAUCAGGGUCUGACGCCCAACAACUCUUUCAAUCAGACCCUGAAGCAUUCCAAACUUACCAUGAAGGCUAUCAACAACAAGUAAAGAAGUGGCCUGUUAAACCACUUGACAUAAUUAUUCAAAGGAUUCAGAAAAUGCCUAAAACCCACAAAAUAGCAGAUAUGGGCUGUGGUGAAGCAGAGCUCUCAAGACGUAUAUCCCAACCAGUGAGGUCCUUCGACCUGGUGUCCACAGCCCCCGGGGUAGAAGCCUGUGACAUGGCGCACACACCGCUGCUGGCCAGUUCUAUGGAUGUAGCGGUGUACUGCCUGGCUUUGAUGGGGACAGACCUCACUCAGUAUUUGGUUGAAGCUAAUCGGGUACUUAAAAUUGGUGGUCACCUCCUGAUAGCAGAAGUUGAAAGUAGGUUCGACAAUGUUGAGGCAUUCACUAAAGAAGUACAAAAGCUGGGUUUUAACCUCAAGAAGCUCGACAAAAGUCAAAAAGUUUUCUUCUUCAUGGAGUUCACUAAGGUGCGGGAAGCCCCCGUAAAGAAAGCGAAACUUCCCACAUUGACAUUGAAACCAUGUAUUUAUAAGAAACGG